UWUACCUACAUAAAUAUUAAAUUGGUCUCAGUUGUCAGUUCUGUGAUUCAACUCAAAAAUUUUAAAUAACAAUAUUGUUUGGUUAUUUGUUGUUGAUGAAUGACUACUUUUAGUUUUAUAAUUUUUGAAUUAAAUUUGURUUUUAUGAGAGUAAAUUUUGAUACAAGUUAAAUAAUUCAAAGCUGUUAUCAUGUUGGCUCUGUUCAAUUUACAAAGUCUUUUGACAAUUUUAUUGUUGUCUAUUUGUACAUGCACUUAUUUACGGCAGUUAUUACCAAGUAUUAUCGAUAGGAAUAAAGUUGGACCAUUGGGAACGUUUUGGAAGUUAGCCAGAAUUGGAGAAAGAAAAAGUCCWUACGUAUCAUUUUGUUGUAUUGCGAUGGCUUUCAGUAUUUUAUUUUGGACAUAAUUGUAAUUAUGUCAUAAUUUUUAAUUAAAAAGAAACAAGUAAUUUGUACAUAUUUUAUGAUAYUUUAUUUAUAAUUUUUGCAUAAACAUGGUUAAAAUUCUAAUMUUARUAUUCUGUUACAUACCAACUCAAUUAAUUUGUUUUUGAUAAAAAUAUUUGAUUCAUUUUCUAGAUAUUUUUAAUAUUGUAUUCAGUUAAAUUAUUUCAAACAAUAAAAYUAUGAUUUGAAGUACUUAUUCUUAAAGUUAUUUUGUUUUUAAAGAUAACAAAAAUGUCAAUAUUGUCUU